CCGAUUGUCAAAUUGGCAGUUGGCAGCGCUGGUUUCAAGUUAUGUGAUUGAGCGAGGGAAACAAUUAUUGUAUUCUUUCGAGUACGCAAGUGUUUCGUGUUAAUUUUGCUCAUAACAUUCUCGAUUUUUUUUUCGAUCUACCAUUUACAAUAAACAUUAAUAUUUUUUAUAUAUUAAAUCAAAAAUAAAAAUACGUGAUUAUAUAAUUUACUGUUUUAUAUAUACAAAUUAUUCUCGCAAUUUGUGUACAGUGCAAAAUUUUUUAAUUGUUUCUAAUAAUGACUGAUUGUUUACACAUUUUGUAAGCUGAAAAUCGAUUGAAAUUCAAAAUGUCGUUGAAGAAGGAGUCGCGUACCGACGUGCAGUUCCACCUGGCCGCGCUGCGAGGUGACUGCGAUCGGCUGCGGCAACUGCUCGACACCGGCAAGGUGCACAUCGACUCCAGGGAUAGGGACGGCACAACACCCCUGAUCCUGUCAGCGGCGAUGGGCCACACGGACUGCGUUCGCGAGCUGCUGGAGCAAGGCGCCGACCCUGCCUGCUGCAGAACGACAGGAACGAGCGCGUUGUUCUUCGCGGCGCAGGGCGGCUUCCUCGACAUCGCGAAGCUGCUGCUCGACGCAGGCGCAGCCAUCGACGCGCCCAGCACGGACGGCGGGACACCACUGUUCGUAGCGUGCCAGUGUGGGCACCUGUCGGUCGCUGAGGAGCUCAUACAGAGAGGGGCCAAUGUCAAUUCCUGUAUGAAGGACGGCGCGACGCCGCUGUUUAUCGCGGCGCAGAACGGGCACGCGACCGUCUGCGAGCUUCUGGUGCGGUGCGGAGCUCGCGUGGACGCGGCGCGGGCGGACCGCGCGACGCCGCUGUGGAUCGCGGCGCAGUGCGGCCACGACCACGUGGCGCGCACGCUGCUGGCCGCCGGCGCCGCCGUCGACCACGUGCGACAGGACGGCGCGACGCCGCUGUUCAAGGCGGCGCACAAGGGCCACGCCGCGGUCGUGGUUGAAUUGCUCAAGUAUAAUCCCAACUUGGGCAUACUACCUAACGGUGAGUCGGCGCUGCACGGCGCGGCGAUGUUCGGGCAGCUGGCGUGCGUGCGCGCGCUGGCGGCGGCGGGCGGCGCGGCCGCGCUGGCGGCGCGCGACGCGGCGGGCCGCACGCCGCUCGCCGCCGCGCGCCUCCAGCGCCGCCGCGACGUCGUCGCCUACCUCGAGCGGCACCACGCCGCCGCCGCCGCCGCCGCCGCCGCCGCCGCCGCCGCCGCCGACCGCUCCUAGCGACCGCAGCCCUCACCACUCUAACGGUAAUAAUGUAAGAAAGACUCUGUUUUCCGCACUUAGCCUCUCAUUUGGGCCGUUGUGCGUCACUCGAACGGUAAUCCGAACAUUGACUCGCUCACAUUUCGUUUUAAAGCCGACUAGAGACCGCUCCUAGCGACCGCAGCCCUCACCACUCAUACGGUAAUCCGAACAUUGACUCGCUCACAUUUCGUUUUAAAGCCGACUAGAGACCGCUCCUAGCGACCGCAGCCCUCACCACUCAAACGGUAAUAAUGUAAGAAAGACUGUUUUCCGCACUUAGCCUCUCAUUUGGGCCGUUGUGCGUCACUCGAACGGUAAUCCGAACGUUGACUCGCUCACAUUUCGUUUUAAAGCCGACUAGAGACCGCUCCUAGCGACCGCAGCCCUCACCACUCAAACGGUAAUCCGAACGUUGACUCGCUCACAUUUCGUUUUAAAGCCGACUAGAGACCGCUCCUGGCGACCGCAGCCCUCGCCACUCAUACGGUAAUCCGAACAUUGACUCGCUCACAUUUCGUUUUAAAGCCGACUACACCGAGCGCCCGCAGUGUAUAGGGUCGUAGAUAACUGGGGGGCCUACCAUGAAAUUAAAAUUCCGAUGUUUCGAUUUCAAUUUCGUGUUUUUGUUCACACCUAAAUCGGGCCAGUAAAUGGAGCUUAACAUUUCGUUCGUCACAAAUCCUACCAAUAAAAGUGCCAAGGAAUAAUAAUUUCAUAUUUUUAAACAGUAUUAUGUAAUUUUGACAUUAGUGUUUCGUUCGGAUCCGAAAUUUCGGAAAACAUUUCAUGGUGGGCCCUCAGAUUAUGUAAUAAUCGUAUAUUUUUACGUCAAGUCCUUUACGAGAUAGUCUGGGAAAACAGAGGACCUAACAUGAUAUAUUUUUCCAAAUUUUGAGGACGAACAAAAUAGAAAUUUGAUGCUAAAAUUCCAACGUACCGUUUAAAAUUAUUAAAAAUGUUAAAAUAACGUUCCUCUGGACUAUUAGGAUAGGAUUUAUGAACAAAAUGUUAAGCUUCAUUUACUGGGUCGAUUUCGGUACGAACAAAAACACGAAAUUGAACCCGAAAAUUCGGAAUUUCAUUUCGUGGUAGACCACCCGAUUUUAAUCUUGUAAAAUAUUAUAAUUUACUGUAGAACGCUCCAGUAACUCUAUGUAUUACAACUAUGCGUUUAGUAUUCUAUUUUUUUUUUUAGUUUUUAAACAAAACCUAUUUAUUUCAAAUUGUAAAUGAAUUAUUUAUUAAACUACCCAUGUUAUUAUAUUUAAUAUAAAAACAAAAUCGAAUUCAAUAAAAACACACUUUUGCAUUAUUAUUUAUUUAUUUAGCAAUGUAUAAAUUAAUAGAAAACUUUGUAUCAAAUAUUUUUUUAUUGAAUUCAAACAAACAUGUCCAUUUUUUAAAUAAUAUAAUAUUUUUCACAGUAUGUUUGGUACAAUUGUAAAAAUUUUUUUUAACUAAAUGAUAAUAUUACCAUGUAUUUAUUUCGAAAUUAAAGUUUAAUACUUACGUAGAAAAUACUUGACUAAAAACAACUUUAUGUCAACUACAAAAUUCGAGUUGUUCUUACCACGUUUUUUACCUUACCACUUGACUAAACUCCCAUCUGAUCAAAUCAAAAUAUUUAUUUUGCAAAAAAAAAAGACUUCAUGUAUCAAUUUGUAAUUAUUUUAUUUACUUAACUAAAACGGUACAAUAGGAGUGAGAAUCUUAAAUUUUAACUCAUGUUGUAAUCUCAAAUUUAUUGUUAAAUAUUAUAAAAAAUCUCAUGGAUUAAGUACAUACUCGGUAAUUGUAAAGCUUAGAAAUCUCACGGGUGAUAUACCUACAGAAAACUACAACUAUUUUGUGUAUUAUGUACAAUUGUAUGUACUAUUGCUAGCCAUACGUCUAUUAGCUUUACCCACCAGUCUCUGAAAUGAAUAUUUUCCAAUAUUUUCUAUGAACCAAAUUUAAUAUUUAUAAAAAAUACAGGUUACUGUGAUAACAGAAUAUAAAAAUGCCCAAUCCGACGAGGGUAUACAAAAAUAGUUUUUUUUAUUUUUUUUAUUGGUGAAACGAAUGAAUGAAAUAGUAACCCCACCGGUGUUAUCGGUAUACACCGGCGGGGCACCAGUGAAGGAUGAUAGAUGAGGAUAAAGCAGGUCAGUUAGCCCAUCGUGACGAAUUCAACGAGAAUUGUUCACGAUGGUUUCCAGGGGGAACCACGUGGAGGUUGACUUGAUAGGGGCAUAUUGCAUGGGGCUGUCAAACUCCAUUGCUAACAAUCCCUUCCCCCACAAAAAUAUAGUUUAGUUUUUGUUUCUCCUACAUCAUUCGGAUUUAGUUUUAAAAUUUGAAAUUGGAUUAUUUUUUUUAUUUUAUGGACCAUGCAUGAAUCUGUAUUUAUUCCAAUCUUGGUAGUAAAUAAAAGAGACGUCAUUUCAGUAACUGGUCGUUAAUCACUCGCCUUACGCAUAAUACCUCACGUGACUAACCAUAGCUGUAGUGUUACUAAUAAACGCGGUAGUGGUCUGGAGGUGAGAGUAUAACUCCCGGCCAUCUCUCGGUGCAAAAUGCCUUAUUUUCGACGUUAACUCCCAAUAUCGAUCCAUCCAGGAUAGAUUUUAAUACAAUCGCUGUUGAAGAAUGAUUUAUUGAGAGUAGUGUUUGCUGGAAAUUAUCUUUGGUGGAAAUCUGACCAUCCUCAGCAACAAGGAUCAAAGAUACCAGUUAAAUAUUACAGCUAGUUUUUGUUUUUAUUUUUGUUGGGUGAAAGUGGUAUGGUAACCCCGCCUGCGCUAACGGUAUACACUGGCGGAGCACCAGUGAAGGGUGAUAGAUGAGAAUGAAAACAGGCCAUCAUGAUGAAUUCGUCAGGAAUUAACCAUGAUAGUUUCCAGGGGGAACCGCGAGGAGCUCGACCUGGUUGGAUAUAUUGCUAGCAAUGGGAUUCUCAGCGUCCAUUACUAACAAUCCCUUUCUCCCCUUUGUUUUAUAUUAUAUCCACUUCGCCUACAUGCCACUACUGUUCUCAAUACUAUAAUUUUAUAAUCUAAGUUCAUUAUCGGUGCUGUAUAGUGAAUAGGCUAAAGCAUAAUACAUUAUUGUUUUAAGCUAGUCGCAAUGUACUUUGAUCGUUUGCUUUUGUACUGUCGAUUGGUUUAUUAAUCGAACAUUUUGUUUCAUAUUCUAAUUAUUAUAUUUAUUUAUAAGUUCAUUUAAGUAUUUACAAUGUUAAAAUUUUUACUAAUUCACAACAUUUCUAAACAUUGUAUUUAUGUUCAAUGAAGUAAAAAGAUUGUCUGUUUAGUACAAUACUAAAGUACUUAAACUAUCGUCAUAGUCGUAGAAUACUGACGGAUCUAACCUAUAUUACAUAUAAAGAUCCGUCAGUAUUCUACGACUGUGACGAUAUAUGAAGCUUAAAAAUGGAGAUUGUAAAUAAAAACAAUGGCAGCAAUUUCGACCUUAAAAAUUAUAUUUUGUCGUAUCAAUGUCGCCGCCUAUUAAUAAACGCAAUGGAAGACAGUUUUUUAUAAUUGCUGUAUUAACUAAGAAUAUUCUAACACUGCUCUUGGGUCUGGAGAUAUGAGAUAGAAGACAUACGGUAAGUGAUAUCAAGUCCAAAUCAGUAUUAAACCUGCAAUCUCCAUUUCAUAGCUUCUCUGUCAAAUACAUUUAAAAAAAAAAGCAAUAUCGUAAUCAAAUGACAGGCUGUAUGGUUUAUGUCCACAUGAAAUCAUCCAAUACAACUUUAUUUUAUUAUAUCUAAAUAUAAUUUUAACAACCGGUUUAGCUUACGUGUAAUUUAGUUGAGAAAGCUCGACUAGUUUCAGGACCAUUUCAAGACCCAUAGUCUUGAGCGGCUGUGACGCGAGCUGUAGCUUUCUCGGUUAAAUUACACACAAGUUAAACCGGUCGUUAUUAUAUUUGCGUUUUACAUAUAGAUAUAUUUUGAUAUUUUUGCGUUUUACAUAUUGUCAGAUACCUGGCUUCUUAAAUAACAUUGCUACAUUUUAUACUGCCAUGUUCCACACCUUAUUUUUUUUUUUUUUAAUUAAAUAAGUAUUUAUCAAUUGUUUAUGCUCUAAGGGUUAGUAUAGACUAUUAAAAAUAUAUUUUUCAUACAACCUUUUCGCGGUAACAAUGUAGAUCCAUACCGAAGGGUACAUAACUAGUAAUUACUUACAAAUAAGUACACAACUAUUGUAUUUUUAUUAGACUACAAACGAUUUACCCUCUCCCAGCUGGUAGACAAGUGUAACGAAUGCAUACCAAAUACGAGAAUCCACAUGAAUAAAUAAGAACGAGACGCAGUACACACUGUCUCGUUUUUUUGUGUGCGAUAACACAAAAACAAAUCGUCAUAGUCGUAGAAUACCGACGGAUCUGACGAAUAUUACAUAUAAAGAUCCGUCAGUAUUCUACGACUAUGACGAGAUAUGUAUGAAAGAGCAGGGACUAUUCCUUUAUCUUUUCAAUAAUUCGUUUACAGCUUAUCUAAAAUGAUUUUAUUCAAAUCAUCCGAUUGAUACACUCAUUGCAGAUAUGAAAUGGCAACUGAUAUUGCAGAUAGCAAAAAAUGGCAACUUAUUUAAAUUUUAACACUGUAUUUCCUUUUACUUCUCCCAGUCCAUUUUAUCUUCUAUUGACAUAUUUUUUUUUUAUAAUUAAUAAUUGUUAAACUUAAAUUAACAAGAUGAAAUUUUGUUUUACAAGUGUAUGAGCGAGGAUAUGAAGACGUCAAGUGUCAAUGUAUGUUGUAUAUUAAAUAAAAUGAGGUUGAAUAUGUAUGUACUAGAUGUAUAAGGUACAGUAUUUUGUUGAUUUUUUAUUUAUGUUAAUUAUAUUAUUAUAGUUGUUUUAAAUUAUACAA